GGACAAAAAAAAAAAAAAAAAGCACCAAGGAAGAAACAGCCGUGGACUUGCGACUGGGCAACCGCCGCCGGCCGCCCGCCCGCCCGCCCGCCGGUGCCUGCUCUCCGUCGGGGCCCUUCGCUGGCGACGAGCACCCACCAACCAGGCGUACAACCAUGUGGGCCGCCGCCGGCCUAUGAUGCUUCAGUUACGAUAGGCGGGCGGCCAUUUGAUAGCUGAGUGAGGAUCACUUGGUUGGUUCCUGUGACUGAGAGGAAGCGUGGUUAGUUGCUGCUGCUGCUGCCUUCAAGCAUGCAGAGACCUAAUGCGUCAUCAUCGGCUUGUGGUACCAUCACCUUCGAGGAGGCUCUGAGGAGGGAGAUGGAGUACCGCAAGUGGGUGGAGAGGACGCACCCGCAUCUGCUUGCUGGGAUUUGUGGAGCCCCUGAAAUGCACAGAGAUGUCAGUACAGGAUCAGUACCUGAUGCAAUUAAGAGAAAAAUAGCUUCUGAGCCCAGUGUGCCUCCGCAGCAGUCUAGUUUCAGUUGUGUAACUGGACAGAAACAGCCUCAAAAUUGGUAUCCCUCAAAGAAAAAGGUGAAAGUUCCGCAUCUUCCAUCACAGAUUCUGCAGUGUCCCAGACCAAAUGUGGUACCAUCCUUUUGGUGCAAAAUUUGCAAGGUUGAUUGUGUCACUGAGUUCAAUUUUGGCGCUCAUAUUGGAGGCAAAAAACAUAAGGCCAAAAAACUAGAGAUUCUUGGUAAAAGGAAUGCCGGAACACCUUCUAGCCAAUGUGCAGCUGGUAACAGGAACCCUGGACAAAAUGGCCAUGCAGUUUCUGGAAACAGAAACAAUGAACGGAAUGUGGCUAGCAGCAUUACUGCUGGACCAAACUGUGAUCUGUCAUCUGAAAGCAGAACUAAUGGAACAGAAGAAAGGUGAUGCACUGUCCACGUGAGCAGCUUGGAUUUCACUCCAAUCUGGUAUUCGAAGAAAAGUGCCCCUUGCACAUUUCUUCUGAAGGGCACAGUAACAUAUUUCUAUGUCAGACCACUAGCAGUAAAUUAUUUGGAGAUAUAUCUGACAGCAGAUCCUUCUUAUUUCCUUUUCCUUCUCGAAAAUGUACAGUAGCACAACUUUGUUCCAGGAGUACCAGAUUGGAGUGAAAUUAUAAAACUCUGUUCCAUUUGUGUAUAAUUUCUUGUAAUGGAUUUCAUUAAUGAACUCGUUCACUUUCCCCAA